AUGUCGCAAUUAACUCCCUAAACACUUAGCAGGUUGUGUGAAUACUUUUUGUAUUUAGCCAAGUUAGAGUCAGAAAUCGAAAUUAUUCGAAAUGUUCUCUGUGAACAUGUUCGUUUCCAUCCAUUUUUCAUUUUUAAAUACAUCGAUGGAAUAUCCAUUAAUCCAAAAGGCCAAUUGAGUCCUGCCGAUCUUCUCUAAUUUCUAGAUGACAAUGGUUUUGUGCACAACUUGGAAGAAUGUAUAUAAUUCAUAGACUUAUACGAUGAGGAUUCUAAAGGAUUUCUCCUCUAUUCACAAUUCCUAAGAAUUUGCUUACCACAAAACAAUGUUGCUUUAAGAUAAAAGAUAGCUCUUUAAAAUGUUGACGUUCCUCAUUAUGACCAAAAGAUUUCAUACACCCUAUCAAAACUUAUAAACUACGAAAUAAAAUCCAUGGAAACUACUUCGACAUUCGUUUAACAACUCUAAAACUGUUCAGAUUACAGUCCAACAGCAUGUUUUGAAUUCAUGAACCCCUCAAACUCUCAAGGCUUAAUUGCCUCUCAUUUUAAGGAUCUCUUCUAAAAGUCAGCCAUCAUUAUAUAUCCUCAUGAACUUCAAUCUUUAUUCAAGAGAUUCGAUCUCCUGAACGAUGGAAUUAUCGAUAUAUCUGAAUUUAUAAAGCACUUUAAGAGUAGAGUUCUCAAUCCAAAAGAUUACAAAACUCCUAUUAAAGAUAAAUCAUAUCUACAACACUUUAAAGACAAAAGCUAAUAGAAAUAAGCAUAAUCCCAAUAAUCAAAUAGAUCAAAAAAAGCAUAAACUACUCCUAUCAAAAAAUUAAAUUCUAUUUUGAAAUAAACAGGAUAAUCACCAAAAAAGGAAUUUGAUAAUUAAAGGUCUGUUAGUUUUGUUGAAACUUCCAAGUCAUCCAAAACUUAGAAUUUAAAUUCAAGUUACAUAUUCAAAACUCCCAAUCAAUAACAUAACCAAAAAUAUAUCAAUCAAAAAACAGAACUUAGAGCCUAAAUGUAGUUAUUCAAAGUCUAGAAACAAUAACAAGGAUUAAAUAAUUCCACAAUUAAGAAACCUACCUAAAAUUCUACCCAAAAAAAAGUAAUUAAGAAUUCUCCCAAGAAAAAUAACUAAUUCUUUAAUCCUUCCAAAUUUCUAAAAGACACUCUAAUUUCAUUACUGAACUUUGAAAAAGAAAUUGAAAGGAUUAAACUCAAUUUAUAAGCACAUCCAGAUUUCUCUCUCUGCAAUACUUUCAGAGCCCUAGACAAAAAGAAAAUGGGAUUCUUAGUCACUGAAGAUCUAGAAUAAUUCAUUAAUAAAUAAAGCCUUUCGAUUAUACUAAAGAAAGCAUCUCCUGAUGGCAGAAUUAAAUUUAACUAAUUCAUUUAAUUGGUAUCUCCAUUGUCCAUAUAUCAUUAAGAGCAGUAACUUAUCAGAGAGCAGAGUCAACAUCAAAGUAACAUCAUUUAAGGAAGAAUAAAACAAUUGCUCUCUCUCUUAUUUGAAAAACUAUACCAAAGAGAACUCUUAUUCGAUUAGGUCAAUCAAGAAAUAAAGCAAAAUUAAUAAUGUGACAUCAAAUACUUAUUUAUGAUGAUUGAUGAAGAUUCAUGUGAUAAUGAAAUCAGCUUAAAAGAUCUUGAUUCCUUUUUGUACAAGUAAUAAGUGUAACCAGAAUUAGAAGACUUGGAAUUAUUAUUCAAUAGACUGGAUACUGAUAGAGAUGGAAAGAUAUCAUUUCCAGAUUUUAUCAACAUUUUUUCCUUUUGA